UACCAACUGGGACCUCUCCAAAAACCUCCAAAAACAUUCUUCAUCAUAUAAAAUUAUUAUUGACAGUGCAGUUGAUUAUUAUAAAGCUAUCGUCUCCCACUACUCUCAAUCAUUUCAAAGUCUAAUCUCAUUCCCUCUCUACAAACUCAGAAAAUUCCUCCUUUUAUUCUUCUUCCCCUCUCUUUUACUUCUUAAUUUUCCCAUAUAUACCUUCGUCACCCUGUCACAUAACUUCCAAACUCAAUUUUCAAACCCCAUAACAGAAGUUUCAACUAUGUCCAUCACACUUUCAGACACGGACAAGAUUUACAAGAAAUCAUUCCAUCACAGGAAUGAUUCUGGUGAACUUGACGUUUUUGAGGCUGCCCGCUAUUUCUCCGGCUACAAUGAAGGUUCUGGUUAUCAUUGUGGAACAUUUUCUCAGAAGAUCUUGAAAGAAGAAAGACAAGCAUGGAGAGCAGGAAGAAUCAGCUUGGACGUGCCAAUGAUGAGAGAAUCGCUUCCUCAAAAUCCUGUUUGUUAUCAAAAACAGUCUCAUCAUGGUAUUGAAAAGCAAAUUAAAGAGAAGAAAUACAAGCAACCAAGCUCUCCAGGAGGCAGACUUGCUAGUUUCUUGAACUCUCUCUUCAAUCAAUCAAGUUCCAAGAAAAAGAAAUCAAAAUCCUCUACACAGUCCAUGAAAGACGAAGAAGAGAGUCCCGGUGGGAGGAGAAAAAGGAGGAGUAGCAUUAGUCAUUUUCGAAGCUCGAGUACCACUGAUUCAAAGUCGUUGUAUUCUUCUUCAAGUUCAGGUUUUAGAACACCUCCUCCAUAUGCACACACACCCACAAAGAGCUACAAGGAUUUAAGAAGCUACUCAGAUCACAAGCAUGUAGUGUCUUUGUCCACAAAGCAUAAUGGACAAGCACUAAAAUCUACAGCUUUACAAAACGAGGUAAUGGAAGACAAAAAAAUUAAUACAGAUUUACCUUGGCUGGAUGAGAAAUUAAAGUUCAAUAAUAAUGCAUACUCGGACAAGUACAAGAAUUCUGGUAACCAUGCAGAAAAAGAUAGGAUUUGGGUUGAUCAUCGGUAUUCAUCUGAAGAAAAAGAAUUUAAAAAGUUGAAUGAGAUUGAUGAUGGUGCAGAUAGUGAUUCAAGCUCGGAUCUCUUUGAGUUGCAAAAUUACGACUUGGGUAUAUACUCAAAUGGUCUGCCUGUGUAUGAAACUACGCAUAUGGACAGCAUCAGAAGAGGAGCACCAAUUUCCAAUGGAGCUCUAUGAACUGUGUACAUUAAUUUUUCUCCCCUUUGUUGAUGGCUUCUUUGUUCUUAUUAUUACCAUUAGAAGUUGUGAGAAGAAGUUAAUGUCCUAGAUUUUGCUUCUUUACCCUAUUACCAGUUUCUUUGAAAGUUCUUUCAAUAUUGCUGCUGCUUCUUUUUUUUCUCUGUAUGUACAGUUUGGAAUGUUUGUUUGUCUUCGCUUUUUCAUUGGUGAUGUUGUAUAAAUGGAGUGCAAAGAACACUAAAAGUCCACCAUUGGAUGACUUA